AUGGACCUGAUAAAGGUUGCUGGGUUGUUGAAGAUUAUGGUUGGGUUCUCUCAAUGCUAUGAGGGUUUAGUUAAGGAAUUUAUUAUCAAUAUUCCUGUGGAUAUUUCUGAUAAGAACAACAAGGAGUUCUGCAAGGUGUUUGUGAGGGCUAGGCAGGUGAAAGGUUGGCCUGUUAAAAACCAUCUUUCUGUUGGGAAGUUGACUGUCAAGUAUGCUAUCUUGCAUAAAAUAGGAGCUACAAAUUGGGUCCCUACCAACCAUAUUUCCACUAUUGCUAAUACCUUUGGGAGGUUUAUUUUUGUUGUUGGAACCAAAGUGAAAUUUGACUAUGGUAGAUUUAUGUUUGAACAAAUCAUCAAGCAUGCAUCUACUAAUGCAGUUAAGCUACCAAUUGCCUUUCCCUUAAUGAUCUGUGGAAUUAUCUUGAAUCAACACCCUGGUAUCAUGUGCUCUAAUGACUUACAUAGUAGAAGAAAACCUUUUCUAUAUGUGCACUAUAAACUGUUUGAAGGUAGUCAUAUCGAGGAUAUUGUCAUGACAUCUUCCAUGAAAAAGCCAACCUCAAAAGUUGGAACAAUUGUUGAGCUUAAUGAGGCUUGCAAAGAGUUGGGUGAAGGGAUAAGGGUAGCAACCGCUAGAAAACAAUCGUUGGAAGCGUUGAUUGCAAGCUUGGAGCAGGCUGAAGGUGAAAAUAUUGAAAAUGCUAAUGUCAGCCAUGAAGAAGAAGCUGAAGCCCACACCUCUAGUAAGAGGUUUGCUAACAACGAUGACACAAGUGGCAGUUCUGUUUCUGGUGCUGAUGAAGAUGCAAGCUCAAGCUCUACUGAGUAG